UGUACUACUAGCCGCACCGGUUUCAACCCCCGAACAAGGCCGAUAUAGGUAACGCGCUCUCCUUUAUCCCCUACCUCCCCUAAAUUUCAAUCAUUGAAGGGCAGCAUCCAGCAUCCAGCAUCCAUGAUCAAGUGAUAAAAGUGACAAUACAUACAUUAGGUACCGGUAUUACAGAUUAUUGCAGGUAUUGCAUUGUACAUACAGCGGUACAACAUCACACAACGCCGUCGACAAAACCUCGCCUUCACCUUAUUUUAUUUUUCUCCUUCUUUACAUAGUAGUUGUGAGCAUCACCGUCAUAAUCUACUUGAAGGGCCUGCCAUUUAGAUCCUUUCCAGUUUCCAGGCCCUAUUUUCUCCGUUCUGUACACCGUUCUCUAGUGGGCUUUUAUAGGCUUCCUUCGUUCAGUACAUAUUUCCUCGCUUGUCCUUCCUGUCCAACCAGCGAAACUCGAGCGACCGAUACGAAUGCCUCGUGCUACUUACCGCUUCCCCCUAAUAAGUGGCCUAAUAUCCUUCCGCCUUUCGCGACGCGACCGAUCUUGAUUUCUGCUAUAUUCUCCCACCCGAAUUAUAUCAAUAGCCUCUCAUGUCGCAUAGCUACGAUGUUGGUACGAGAGCUUGGCAGCCAGAUGCCACCGAGGGCUGGGUGGCAUCCGAGGUUGUCAAGAAGACCGUCGAUGGCGACAAGGUGACCUUGGUCUUCAAGCUCGAGAAUGAAGAGACCAAGACGAUAGAGCUCUCGGCCGAGGCUUUGCAAAAUGCCAACGAUCCGUCCUUACCACCGCUGAUGAACCCUGCGAUGCUCGAAGCCAGCGAUGAUUUAACAAAUCUAUCCUAUCUUAACGAGCCGGCCGUGCUCCAGGCCAUCCGCCUACGAUAUGCGCAAAAAGAAAUAUACACGUACAGCGGUAUAGUGCUGAUAGCUACAAAUCCGUUUGCUCGCGUCGACUCUCUCUAUGUCCCGGGUAUGGUCCAGGUUUACGCUGGCAAGCAGAGGGAGUUGCAAGCCCCCCAUCUGUUUGCCAUCGCCGAAGAAGCCUUCAUAAAAAUGAUCAAAGACGUCAGGAAUCAAACCGUCGUGGUUUCAGGAGAGUCAGGUGCUGGUAAAACCGUCAGUGCCAAAUACAUUAUGCGAUACUUUGCCACGAGAGAAUCCCCAGAUAACCCAGGAGGUCGAGUCAAGAAGGGCUCCGAAGGCAUGAGCGAGACGGAGGAGCAAAUUCUAGCGACUAACCCUAUCAUGGAAGCAUUUGGAAACGCUAAGACAACCCGAAACGACAACUCGUCAAGAUUUGGAAAGUAUAUAGAGAUCAUGUUCGACAACAAGACGAACAUUAUUGGUGCUAGGAUCCGAACAUACCUCCUCGAACGGUCGAGAUUGGUAUUCCAGCCCCUGAAGGAAAGAAAUUACCACAUUUUCUAUCAAUUACUGGCCGGAGCGACGGAUAAAGAACGGCAGGAACUUAGCCUACUACCGGUCGAGCAGUUUGAUUACCUUAACCAGGGAAACUCUCCUACGAUCGACGGGAUGGACGAUAAGGCCGAAUUUGCUGCCACUAAGAGUUCGUUGAAGACAAUCGGUGUCGAUGAAGCUCAGCAGGCCGGUAUCUUCAACCUCCUCGCCGGUCUGCUACACCUGGGUAACGUUAAGAUCGGUGCUUCCAGGAAUGAUAGUGUACUGGCCCCUACGGAACCUGCUCUAGAGAAAGCUUGUUCCAUUCUUGGAAUCGACGCCACAAACUUCGCCAAGUGGAUUGUGAAGAAGCAGCUUGUCACUCGCGGCGAGAAGAUCGUCUCGAACUUGACACAACAGCAAGCUCUAGUCGUGCGAGACUCGGUAGCCAAGUACAUCUAUUCGAGUCUUUUCGAUUGGUUGGUGGAGAUCAUCAACAGGAGUCUUGCUACCGAGGAAGUCUUGAGCCGUCUUUCCUCCUUUAUCGGCGUACUUGAUAUUUACGGUUUCGAGCACUUUGCUAAGAACUCGUUCGAGCAGUUCUGUAUCAACUAUGCCAACGAGAAGUUGCAGCAGCAGUUUAACUCGCACGUAUUCAGAUUAGAACAAGAAGAAUACGUGCGAGAACAGAUCGACUGGAAAUUUAUCGAGUUCUCUGACAACCAGCCGUGUAUCGAUUUGAUCGAAGGUAAACUAGGUAUCCUAUCUCUUCUCGACGAAGAGUCUAGGCUACCUAUGGGCGCUGAUGAGCAAUUCGUUACGAAGCUCCAUCACAACUUUUCUAGUAAUAAGAAUAAGUUCUACAAGAAGCCUCGAUUUGGGAAAUCUUCCUUCACCGUCUGCCAUUAUGCUGUCGAUGUCACGUACGAGUCGGAGGGUUUCAUCGAUAAGAAUAGGGAUACAGUGCCUGACGAGCAUAUGGAGAUUCUUCGCGCGACGACGAAUAAGUUCCUCAGUAGCGUGCUCGCGGCAGCAUUGGCCGUCCGCGAAAAGGACGUCGCUGCCUCGGGCUCCGCCGUUGCGAAGCCCGCUGCGGGUAGGAAGAUAGGAGUUGCUGUCAACCGCAAGCCUACCCUUGGUGGUAUUUUCCGUUCUUCGCUUAUCGAAUUAAUGAACACAAUUGGAAACACCAAUGUCCACUACAUCCGUUGUAUCAAGCCGAACGAGGCCAAGGUUGCGUGGAAGUUUGAAGGACCCAUGGUGCUCAGUCAACUGAGGGCUUGUGGUGUGCUCGAGACUAUCCGUAUUAGUUGCGCUGGUUACCCCGGACGCUGGACUUACGAGGAGUUUGCCCUACGGUACUACUUACUGAUACCGUCAAGCCGGUGGCAGACUGAGAUUCGGCAGCUAGUUAAAGAGAUCCUGGCCCAGGCACUCGGUUCGGGAACAGGCACUGGAACCGAUAGCUACCAGCUAGGUUUGACUAAGAUCUUCUUCCGUGCGGGUAUGCUUGCGCACCUGGAAAACCUUCGCCAGAGCCGCAUGACCGAGGCUGCUACCUUGAUCCAAAAGAAUCUCAAGGCCAAAUACUACCGCCGUAAGUAUCUCGAAGCACGAAGUGCUAUCAUCACUUUCCAGUCGCUCGUCAGAGCCUACACGACCCGGAAAGCAGCUCGGGAAUUACGCACGGUCAAGGCUGCAACAACAAUACAGAGGGUGUGGAAGGGGCAAAAGCAGCGCAGGGAAUUCUUGCGAAUCCGCAACAGUGUCAUACUCGUACAGGCUAUUGCCAAGGGUUACUUGCGAAGGAGAGAGAUCAUGGAAACUCGCGUGGGCAAUGCUGUUCUUCUCAUCCAGCGAGUGUGGCGGUCGAGGCGACAAGUCAAGACGUGGAGAAAUUACCGCAAGAAGGUGAUAUUAAUACAGAGCGUGUGGCGCGGAAGGCAAGCCAGGAAAGAAUACAAGACGAUACGCGAGGAGGCUCGCGACCUGAAGCAGAUUUCGUACAAGUUGGAAAACAAGGUCGUCGAACUCACGCAGUCCCUGGGUACUAUGAAGACUCAGAACAAGAAUCUUCAGAGUCAGGUGGAAAACUACGAAAACCAAAUCAAGUCGUGGAAGACCCGUCACAAUGCCCUCGAGACCAGGUCGAAGGAGCUUCAAGCAGAGGCCAACCAGGCUGGUAUCGCCGUAGCCAAGCUGCAGGCCAUGGAGGAGGAGAUGAAGAAGCUACAGCACAACUUCGACGAGUCAACUUCAAGCGUCAAGCGGAUGCAAGAGGAGGAGCGGGAGCUCAAGGAGUCUCUACGAACCGCGAAUGCCGAGUUGGAACGCAUCAAGCGGGAGAGCACGCUUCACGAGAACGAGAAGAUGACCCUGCGGGAUCAACUAGCCCAGAUGGCCGAAGAGCUCGAGUUGGCCAAGCGGUCGGCUCCUCUCAACGGAGAGCUUACCAACGGCAACGGUGUUACCGCUCCUCCCAACGGCCUCAUCAACUUGGUGUCGUCCAAGAAGCCCAAGCGCAGGAGCGCCGGCGCGGAACCCAGCGGAAUGGACCGCUUCAGUGCGGCGUACAACCCUCGCCCAGUCUCUAUGGCAGUUACCAACGCCAGGCCCGGCGCUGGUUACGUCCCGGGCGCGGACACUAUCGAGAUGGAAUUGGAGAACUUGCUUGCCGAUGAAGAUGGCUUGAACGAGGAGGUGACAUUGGGUCUGAUCAAGAACUUAAAGAUCCCAUCGCCAAACACGAACCCGCCUCCUUCGGACAAGGAAGUUCUCUUUCCCUCUUACCUCAUCAACCUCGUCACGUCCGAGAUGUGGAACAAUGGUUUCGUCAAGGAGUCGGAGAGAUUCUUGGCAAACGUUAUGCAGUCGAUCCAGCAAGAAGUUAUGCAUUACGAUGGGGAUGACGCGAUCAACCCAGGUGCCUUCUGGUUGUCUAACGUGCACGAGAUGUUAUCAUUUGUAUUCCUUGCCGAGGAUUGGUACGAGGCCCAAAAGACGGACAACUAUGAGUACGACCGUCUGCUGGAAAUUGUCAAGCACGAUCUUGAGAGUUUGGAAUUCAACAUCUAUCAUACGUGGAUGAAGAUUCUCAAGAAGAAGCUGCAGAAGAUGAUCAUCCCUGCUAUUAUUGAGUCUCAAUCCCUACCGGGCUUCGUUACGAACGAAAGCAACCGAUUCCUCGGCAAGUUGUUGGCGACCAACUCGCAGCCUGCUUACAGCAUGGACAACCUCUUAAGUCUGCUAAACAACGUCUUCAGGGCGAUGAAGGCUUACUACUUGGAAGACACUAUCAUUACACAAACCGUCACGGAGCUCCUCAAGUUGGUGGGCGUUACCGCGUUCAACGACCUACUCAUGCGCAGGAAUUUCCUCUCGUGGAAGCGUGGCCUGCAAAUCAACUACAAUAUUACUCGGAUUGAAGAGUGGUGCAAGAGUCACGACAUGCCCGAAGGCACUCUGCAACUUGAGCAUCUUAUGCAAGCAACGAAACUCUUACAGCUCAAGAAGGCGACCUUGAAUGAUAUUGAGAUCAUCCAAGAUAUCUGCUGGAUGCUCUCUCCCAACCAAAUCCAGAAGCUUCUAAACCAAUAUCUAGUGGCGGAUUACGAGCAACCCAUCAACGGAGAAAUCAUGAAGGCUGUAGCAUCGAGGGUAACGGAGAAGAGCGACGUUCUCUUGUUGACGGCGGUAGAUAUGGAUGACAGUGGACCGUAUGAGAUCGCAGAACCCCGCGCUAUUACCGCUCUGGAGACAUACACCCCAUCAUGGUUACAAACUCCUCGACUAAAGAGGUUGGCGGAGAUAGUAUCUGCCCAGGCCAUCGCGCAACAGGAGAAGAUGGAAGCGGACGAGUACGACGACGGCGAUGGCGAACUAGCCGAGGUCGACGAAGUUGAAACCGGCAGUGCGUAGAACCGUAAUACCGGCAACUUGCGACCGGCCGGAUCUAAGAUGCCACGUCUUCCCAUAACAGUAAGAAUAUGGCGAGGUCCGGGCGGAUGCGGAUAGGGGCACGGGACGAACAUGUCAG